GGCAGAGGCGAGCUUCCCGGCAGACUACAGCCGGGGAUUUCAAGCCGUCUGAACCAACCUGCAACAUUUCUGGCGUGGUUGUAAAUUUUUUUCCCCUUCGGUGGAAUUUAGUUAAAUUCCAUGCUUUCCCGGUGAAUUAAAAAGUCGUAGGCAACCGGCUAUAGCCCAUAUUUCUAAAGUCUGACCCACUUUCCUCAUGAGAAGGAGGUGGAGCCCGCGGUGGCGGGAGACAUUGAUGCCGGUUUUGUAGUUUGUUUUGUUUUGUGGGCGAGUUUUAAGGUAGUUCUUAGGACUGCAGGGGUUUUGUUUUGUUUUGUUUCUGAGGGUCAAAGAACAAGAGCUGUGGUUUCACUACACUUGGGGGUGCUGUGGGGUGACGAAGCCUGGAAUGAAUGUUGUGAAGUAAGAUCUGUUGCUGGUUUGAAAAUUAGCUGGGUGUUUCCCGCAGGGAGACAGAAAACCUAUCAUAGGGAGGGGCUGGGAUCGCGUCCUUUCAGAAAAGGAAUGGAGGGGUAGCAGAUCAAAGCCAGAGGGUGGCUUAUGAUCUGAGCGGCUCACCCUAACAAACGACUGCCUUUCAAAACUUGUGACUGCCUUGCGGUUUGUGUGUCUUUGCCUGUGGAGGACGCUGGGUUGGGCUGCAUUUUUUUUUUUUAAUUUAACAGUUAAUGGCUGGCUGAGUCCUCCCUUGUGUGUGUGUUUUCUCCCCCUGGGCAAGUCUUUGCUGCCCCCUGUUGAGCACCAUGAGGUUAGCACUUUUUUUUUUUUACUAUCCAAAGUUUGUAAACAGGAAUCACGUGGUCUGAAACCAGUCCUGUAACCAUGCCUUGCCUGUCUGGGGAGGAAAGUGUAGGUAUUCUGCUCUGCUUGCCAGGAACCCGGAGGAAAGCUUUCAGAAGGGGAUCCUGACAGGCUGUAUCUCAACUGAACUCCACCGCCUAGGGCCUCAGCUUUUCUGAACCCGAGUGUACAGUCCUCCAGAGUGGAUUCGCUACCAUCGGUACCAUGGCAGGUCGGCUGCAGUCUGGUCUCUGGGGAUCCUGCUCUAUGACAUGGUCUGCGGAGAUAUUCCGUUUGAGCAUGACGAAGAGAUCAUCAAGGGCCAAGUGUUCUUCAGGCAAAGGGUCUCUUCAGAAUGCCAGCAUCUCAUUAAGUGGUGUCUGGCCCUGAGACCAUCAGAUCGGCCAUCCUUCGAAGAAAUCCAGAACCAUCCAUGGAUGCAGGAUGUUCUCCUACCCCAGGCAACGGCUGAGAUUCACCUGCGCAGCCUAUCACCGGCACCCAGCAAAUAGCAGCCUUUUUUAUCAGACACUCUGGGGAGGGAGAGCUGUCUCCGGCUUCCAGCAGGACCUUACUUCAUGCAGGAACAGCAGUGACAACUCAUUCCAGACUCCAGGUUCCUGGAGCAUCCUCCCACGGGGGAGAGAGACUCUACUUUCACGUUCCCAGGCCCCUAUGCCCUACCCCACCAUAGAUGCUCUCACAGUGUCUAGUUUUGCUGGGCUCCGAAGAAUACUGGGGUGGGGGGGGGUGGGAGUGGGUCAAAGCCCUGCCAUGGAACUUUAGUCACCAUGGAGACUUCAGGUCACCAAGAUGGGCUAGGGUAGGGGGACAAACAUGUUGGGGGUGGGAUUAAAGAAAAAAAAACAAAAAACAAACUAGCACCAUAUUUAAGUCCCUGUCACCUCUUCCAACUCCUCUGAGUGCCUUCUGUGGGGACUCCGGCUGUGCUGGGAGGAAUACUUGAACUUGCCUCUUACCUGCUGCUUCUCCAAAAAUCUGCCUGGUUUGGUUCCUUACUCUUUGCCCUGCCCCCCCCCCCCCACUUCCUGUGAAAGGUGCCAUUGGAAGAGGCUCCAGGGCCAACUGCUGAGCCACCUGCCCCUUUUCUCUGACUCCUGUAGUGAACCCCCGAGUGAACUGGUCUUCCUUUCUGGUUUCUACUCAACUGUUUCAAAGCGAGACCUCAGACCGGAUGCACGACCAAUGCAGCACCAGACAAGGUGUAAAUGUGUACAGUCGGCGCGGUAGCCUGCAAAAGGAUUGUAGUGGAUACAAUUUAAAGAAAAAAAAGCCUUUAAGUUAUAUUUUAUGUGUUGGGGUGUUUUUUUUUUUUUUGUUUUGUUUUUGAAAGAUGGCACGUUCUAGCCUGGAAGUCAAUGUUAAUGUAUUUAUUUAUUUAUUUAUUUGGUUGCCUUCCUGUUCCAAACUUCCACUGGCUGUUGCCCGAGGAUUUUAUUGUCAUGUUCUGGUUUUUUUGUUUUGGUUUUUUUUUUCCCCUCUUGACUUGGGGACCUUUUGGGGAGGGCUGCGAUGCUUGCUGGGACGAAGGGGCUCUGGGACAGCUGCUGUAGUUCCUUCUGUGGGGGCCCCUUGCCUGCUCCCUGGAGUGGGUCUGGGCUGUCUGGGAAGGGGCAUCGCUGACUGUACAUAAGACGGAAAGGCAGUUCCAGCAUGGUGUGCCUUCCAGAUCCUCUUUGGGGCUGAGCUUGUUUGAGCAGCUUGUAGCCUGCUGGUUUUAUCUGAGUGAAAUACUGUACAGGGGAAUAAAAGAGAUCUUAUUUUUUUUUUUAUACUUGGCAUUUUUUGAAUAAAAACCUUUUGUCUUAA